CUCAAAGCUCGUGAACACCGCUCCAUUCGCCGUGGAACGUGCUUGCGUGUUCUUCGGUUCUUCCCCGAGCUAAGCUCUGCCUUCCCCUUCCGUCCAUUGCAACGCACCGGAAAUCCUCCGCCACAUAGUUCCAGAACACGAAAAGAUAGAUUCACCGCCGGCGCUCAUCAGUUGGAUUCUAGAAUCCGCAAGUUCGGGGUGUUUGGCGGAGGUAGCAUUCCACGGUUCGGUAGGCGAGCUCGCGGAUAGCUAGGCACGGAUUUGGGCGCCGGAGCUUCAGGGGUUCCCAUUGAUUUACUGAAAUGGCCGGAAAAGGAAGCUAUGUUCCACCCCAGUAUGUUCCAUUAUAUGGCCUAGACACUGAAGAGGACCGCGUUCCUGCGGUGGAGGAGAACAUUGCUGCACGCCAUAAAUUAAGCAGGGACCCUACACAAUGGUCGUCAGGAAUCUGUGCUUGUUUUGAUGAUCCACAGAGCUGUUGUAUUGGCGCGGCUUGUCCCUGCUUCCUUUUUGGAAAGAAUGCACAGUUCUUAGGAUCUGGAACUCUUGCUGGAUCAUGCACCACGCAUUGCAUGCUCUGGGGUCUUCUGACAAGUUUCUGCUGUCUGUGCACUGGGGGCCUUGUAUUAGCAGUUCCAGGAUCUGCUGUUGCUUGUUAUGCUUGUGGAUACCGCCAAGCACUAAGAACAAAAUACAAUCUUCCGGAAGCACCAUGCGGCGAUUUGACGACACACUUAUUCUGCCACUUGUGUGCCAUAUGCCAAGAGUACAGGGAGAUCCGUGAGAGAACAGACAGUAACAACUCUUCAGCUCCUGAUGUUACCCCACCUCCAGUGCAGACAAUGGAUGAACUUUGACUGGAGUAGAUGAUAUGAAUAUAUUCUGCCUGACAAAUCUUUUGUUUUGUUUGACAUGCCUUUGCCUGUGCCUGCGAGUGUUUGUCAGUUGAUGUUGUUGUGCACUGUUCCCAGUCCUAAUAGGAGGUCAGGUUUUAUAGAGCUGCUGUAAAGAUAACUUGAAAACUACGUAAUGGACAACACAGAAAUGUGUAAGCUGUUGUAGCUCGAUUGUUACAUGUAACAUUUAUUUUUUUAUGCAUAUAUUUUUGGGUUGAAAUGAGAAGGAAAACAAAAGAAGUGAUUUCCUUUUGUCUAA